GCCAUGGACAGUAGCGGCGAGCAGCUGGCGGUGCCGGAGGACGAGGCAGCUUGUACGUCGACCUCAGAUGGACUGGAGGAGGGGGAGGUGGAGGGGGAGACGCUGCUGAUCGUGGAGUCGGAGGACCAGGGCUCCGUGGACCUGUCACAUGACCAGAGCGGAGACUCGCUAACCAGCGACGUGGGCGAGGAGGCGGAUGGCGGUGGCUGGGCCUGCGAGGACAUGUCCUUCUACUGCGAGCGGUGCCACAAGUGGAUCCCUGCGGCUCAACUCCACGGAGACCAGCCCAGUUACCUGAAAGGAGACAACUUCUUUAAGUUCACCUGCUUCGACUGCUCUGAGGACAGGAAGGAGAGCUUUGACAGGAUGAGGCUCACCUGGCAGCAGGUGGUGAUGUUGGCCAUGUACAACCUGUCUCUGGAGGGGACGGGACGACAGGGCUACUUCAGGUGGAAGGAGGACAUCUGCUCUUUCAUUGGUCGACACUGGAACUUCCUGCUGGGAAACAGGAAGAAGACGUCAACGUGGUGGAGCACGGUUGCUGGCUGCUUGUCAGUUGGAAGCCCCACUUUCUUCCGAUCGGGAGCGCAGGAGUUUGGAGAACCCGGAUGGUGGAAGCUGGUCCAGAACAGACCUCCCACCUUGAGACCUGAGGGGGACAAGUCUGCCUCCAAGACCAAAGCCUCCAAGCCGGUCCUGGACCCGAUCAUCACGGUGGAGGGCCUGAGGAAGCGUGGAGCCAGGAACCCCGUGGAGAACGCCAUGCAGCUGAAGGAGAAGCGAUGCCGCACACAGGAAGCCAAAGAUAUCCGGCGAGCUCAGAAGGAGGCGGUGGGAGGCUACACCGACCGCAGCACCUCCUCCACACCCAUCAAACUGGGAGGAGGCCGUGGUGGGCGUCGCCCUGAUCUGGUCCUGGAGAAAGGUGAGGUCAUCGACUUCUCGUCCCUCAGCUCUUCGGACCGAACGCCGCUCACCAGCCCGUCUCCAUCGCCUUCGCCUGACUUCUCCGCUCCGGGAACGCCCGCCUCCCACUCAGCCACGCCCAGCCUGCUGUCAGAGGCUGACCUCAUUCCAGACGCCAUGCCGCCGCAGGCGCUGUUCCACGAUGACGAGGAGAUGGAGACGGAAGGGAUGAUAGACCCCGGCGUAGAAUACAUCCCUCCUUCCAGCUCCAGCCAUGUUGGCCGUAAAAAGCUCUGCUCGGUGCCGCCCCACAUCAAACAGGAAGCUGAGAGCGACGAUGAUGAUGGCCAUGAGCUCCAAGCCAACGCUGAAGAGGCGGCAGGCCACAGUGAAGUUCCGCCCCCAUCUUCUCGCAAGGUGGUUUGUACUGGAGAGGCCGAACGCCAAAGAACGACUCGCCCUGAGAAAUCUGACGGUGCCUCCGAAGUCCACCGAUGUCCAUGCUUCACCUCCCUCAGUCUGUACGAGGAGAGGAUGCUGCUGCGGCGGCUGGAAGCCUGCCCGUUAGCGUUAGCCGUCACGCCGCAGGCUAAACGCCUCCACAGGAAGCUGCUGGUCCGCCAGGCCAAGCGCCAGAGAGGCCUCCCCUUGUUGGACAUGGACCAAGCUGUCAGUGCCACCCUUAGCCUUGUAGGAGGGAUCUAUGGUGCUCAGGAGGUGGGGCCACACAUUCAGGGCGGAGCUAAAGAAAAGUUUUGCACCAACAGCCGUGAGCAGCGAAUUCUGGAUCGUUUCCAGACCAACGUGUCCGUCAGAAAAGGUGUCCAGCAGAACUCGGUCUCCUUCUGGCACCGUCUCAUGGGAGCUGAGGGCAGUUUGGACCCGAGCAUCAAGAGUCCGUACACGUCCCGGAUCCUGAAAGCCUUCAUCAGGAGGGAUUACGAGAGCCGCCCUCUGAAGCUCCGGUUGUUGGCUGAAAUCAAAGCGUACCCACACAAGACAGAUCCAGACUGGGCUCCUGAACCCGACGCCCCCAUCGAUUACUGCUACGUCCGUCCCAACCACAUCCCCUCGGUCAAUGCCAUGUGCCACGACACCUUCUGGCCAGGUGUGGACCUGUCCGAGUGCCUGCAGUACCCGGACUUCAGCGUGGUCGUCCUCUACAAGAAGGUGGUGGUCGGCUUCGGCUUCAUGGUUCCAGAUGUCAAGUACAACGAGGCCUACAUCUCCUUCCUGCUGGUCCAUCCUGAGUGGAGGCAGGCUGGCAUCGGGACCUUCAUGAUCUAUCAUCUGAUCCAGACGUGCAUGGGGAAAGACGUGACGCUGCACGUGUCGGCCAGUAACCCCGCCAUGCUGCUGUACCAGAAGUUUGGCUUCAAGGCUGAGGAGUACAUCCUGGACUUCUAUGACAAAUAUUACCCUGUGGACAGCGCUGAGUGCCGCCACGCCUUCUUCCUGCGACUGAGGCGCUGACGCCAGGUUCAUCCAGAACCUUUUUCUGAACGUCUGUUGUGUUUCGAGUAUUUUAGAGUUCCAGUUCUCUUCAGGAUUUUAGAUGUUCAGGAAGCCAAGUUUGGAUUAAACCUGACUCCACAGGUAAACCUGUUACAUCAUUUCC